UCUUGUGGGCUGAAAUAUGAAAGUUUGAAUUUAGAAGGGUAUAUUUUUCGUAGCUAGUGUAUGAAGCAUACUUCUCCCAUGAUAAAAUGGCGCUUAAAUUCAUGUGUGGUCAGUGGUCAGUGGUACUGCUACUUGAAGAAAAGUCGAUCCCUGAUCAAACCCUGCGUCUGAUUCUGUUGAAGAGCUCGGGCAGGGACGCGUAGAUCCACUCCGGCGCACCUUAGAGACGGCCACAUUUUGAUUUUUGAGUUAGACGGAAAAGCGCGCGAGGACCAAUCGAAAAGGAGAGGGAGAGCGAGAGGAAGAGAGAGAUCGAUGAGUUCAAAAGAUAGUUGCAGAAACGAGCUCCGAUUUGCAAUUCGUCAACUAAGCGAUCGUUGCCUCUACUCUGCUGCCAAAUGGGCGGCAGAGCAGUUGGUGGGGAUCGAGCAGGAUCCGGCCAAAUUCACACCAUCGCACACCAGAUUCCAGCGAGGUAGCUCCAGCAUUCGCCGGAGAUUUCGCACUAAUGAGAUUGCUUCCACACCAACCGCCGGCGUGUCUUACGUAUCUACACCAGUGCUGGAGGAGGACGAAGCCGUAGAUGGUGAUUUCUACCUUUUAGCUAAGUCGUAUUUUGAUUGCCGGGAGUACCGUAGGACUGCUCAUGUGCUUCGUGAUCAGACUGGAAAGAAAGCUGUGUUCUUGCGAUGUUAUGCUCUUUAUCUGGCUGGGGAAAAGCGCAAAGAAGAAGAAAUGAUAGAACUUGAGGGACCAUUGGGUAAGAGUGAUGCUGUGAACCAUGAACUGGUUUCUCUGGAAAGGGAGUUGUCAACGCUCCGCAAAAAUGGCACUGUCGAUCCCUUUGGACUGUAUUUAUAUGGACUUGUGCUCAAAGAGAAAGGCAGCGAAAAUCUUGCCCGUACAGUACUAGUGGAGUCAGUGAAUAGCUACCCCUGGAACUGGAAUGCUUGGACAGAGCUGCAGUCCUUAUGCACUACAAUUGACAUUUUGAAUAGUCUUAAUCUCAAUAAUCAUUGGAUGAAAGACUUCUUCCUUGCCAGUGUUUACCAAGAACUCAGGAUGCACAAUGAAUCCUUGGGAAAGUAUGAAUAUUUACAAGGCACUUUUAGUUUCAGUAACUACAUUCAAGCUCAGAUUGCAAAAGCCCAGUACAGUCUGAGGGAAUUUGAACAAGUAGAAAUAAUAUUUGAUGAGCUUUUAAGGAAUGACCCUUAUCGAGUUGAAGACAUGGAUAUGUAUUCCAAUGUGCUCUAUGCAAAGGAAUGUUUCUCUGCUUUAAGUUACCUUGCUCACAGGGUAUUCUUGACUGAUAAAUACAGACCCGAGUCUUGUUGCAUUAUUGGAAACUAUUAUAGUUUGAAGGGGCAGCAUGAGAAGUCAGUUGUGUAUUUUAGAAGGGCACUCAAAUUGAACAAAAAUUACUUAUCUGCUUGGACACUCAUGGGUCAUGAGUAUGUUGAGAUGAAGAACACUCCAGCUGCUGUUGAUGCCUAUCGAAGGGCUGUAGAUAUAAAUCCGUGUGAUUAUCGAGCCUGGUAUGGGUUAGGACAAGCAUAUGAGAUGAUGUUUAUGCCCUAUUAUGCUCUUCAUUACUUCCGAAAAUCAGUUUUCCUGCAGCCAAAUGAUUCUCGGUUGUGGAUUGCCAUGGCUCAGUGCUAUGAAACUGACCAGCUUCAAAUGCUUGAGGAUGCCAUCAAGUGUUACAAAAGGGCAGCAAAUUGUAAUGACACAGAGGCAAUAGCACUGCACCAGCUAGCAAAGCUUAGUAAGGAGCUUAAGCGUUCUGAAGAAGCUGCAUUUUACUACAAAAAGGAUUUAGAGAGGAUGGAAGCUGAAGAGAGGGAAGGGCCAAAUAUGGUUGAAGCUCUGCUUUUUCUUGCUACAUAUUACAAAUCCCAGAAGAGAUUUGAAGAAGCAGAGAUCUAUUGCACCCGUCUUCUUGAUUACACUGGCCCAGAGAAAGAAACUGCAAAGAGUUUACUCCGGGGAAUGAGAAAAGCACAAUCUGGUUUCCCUUCUAUGGAUAUUGAACAUUUGCCCCCCUAAUACUUGUCUUCAUGUGAAAGUGGUAUAAAAAUCUUUGAAGUAGGUGUGACUUUCCCUAGUUUCUGCCUUUGGAAUUUAGCGAUGAAAAGCUUGGGAUAGGUCAAGUACUAAGUGAGAGCAUGUCCUGGACUUCAAUGCUGCAGAAAUUUUUUUACCUUUUUUUUAACAAUUAUCUAAACUAUCUUACUAGUUUCAUGAUUGUGUCCCAACAUUGGUGUUUUUCCUGAAUAUGGAUAGAGUUUAUUUAUAUUUAUUUAGAAAGAAAUGGAUAUCACCUUUCCCAGA